UCCUCUGCCGCAGCAGCGCAGCCGGUAACCAGAGGAGGGGGGAGCACGGUCGGACGGGAAUGGACCGCACAGGCAAGGCUAGCCUACAGUGAGGCCGACAUAUCUCGGUCUUUAGAUACAUGAUAAUAUCACCGAGUCAAAACGAGAGUAGGACCAGAACGAGCCGAGUUUUAGCGAAGGCCAGACCCCCUCCUCUCUGUGUCUGCCUUCAGCCUACAGCCUAUUCACAGAUCCUAUCAAACAGACCUCAUUCACAAACGGAGGUUUAGGUAUAUUUUCAUUUAAAAGCCGAAUUCGGUGUCGUUUAGCCGGCUGCCGGAUCCUGCGCCUCGUCCUGCCGGUUUCCUGCGCCCCGGUUCGCCCUUCAGCAGCGUCUCCGCGUCCCCGCUGUUCCUGUCAGCUGCUGCGCAUCAGCAAAACAUGCAGGAUGAGCCUGUGGGGGUGACAACCACGCAAUUACCCCCGUCAACCGAGGAAAAGGACAGCGAGAGAAGCACGGUUAGCAAAUCCGGGCGCCGAACCGACAACCAGGACAGCCAGCCGAGCUCCGUGACGCCGGAUUAUAACCAUCUGAACCAGAAGAGAGCUUUCCCCGAUUUCGAUCGAGAUCAUUUUUGCCCUACGCAGUCUCUGUGUGACCUUCAGCACAGCCGAAAAAUACAUCAGCAGUUAAGUCAGCACACUGAGUUUAGCCCCACAGAGUCGCCCCCACCCCAGAGACAUUUCAGUCACCUGCCGCAGAGGCAGCCCGGGCACAACGCUGCUGACCCCUGCGGCUCUCCAGUGGAAGAGGCUCAAGCCGAUGCUGCGUCGCCAUCGCCCACUUCUGUAAAUCCACACAAGAUCCAAAUGGACUCCCCCAUCGCCCACCAUAUAAAUAACGGCAAUGGCAGCAGCAGCAGCACCGGCAACAUGUUGUCCGGAGGUCUCAGCGCCGCUUUCCCGAACCUCCCCACCCAGGAGAUGCAGAGCGCCAGCGUAGGCUCGUCUUCACCCUCGAUACCUGGGUUCGGCACCCCGUGGUCCGUGCAGACCAGCUCCUCGCCCCCUCCCGCACCCAACUCCAUCAACCCCAUCCACGCCAACGCCAUUAACCAGAUGCCCAACACGGACUCUGACAACAGCUUCUACCCAGGUAUCCCCUCCUCCAUCAACCCGGCCUUCUUCCAGAGUUUUUCGCCAGUGUCAGCUAAUCCGUGCGCCGGGAUUAAUGUGCAGGGCUUCAGCGGUCCUUUCUCGCCCCAGAUAAACGUCCCUCAGCAGGCGCAGAGUCGCAGGUCCCCGGUCAGUCCGCAGAUGCAUCCCCAGCAGGGCGCCUUCCUGCAGCAGAGGAACAACUACAACCAACAUCAGCCCAUGGUGAAGCAGUCUCCCUGGGGCAGUCACCAGGGGAACGGCUGGGGUUCGGGGGGGAUGUCCUGGGGCCGAGACCACCGCAGAGGGAGUGGCAUGGGCGUACCUGGCUCAGUCAGCCACGUCUCGCCUCUGAAGAAGCCCUUCUCGAGCAACAUCAUCGCUCCACCCAAGUUCCCACGCUCUGGAGGAUCACUGGGGCCUAAAUCCUGGAUAGAGGAGAACAUGUUUCGCACAGACAGCAACAGCAACACUCUGUUGCCCCUGCAGGACCGCACCAGAAUGUAUGACAGUCUGAACAUGCACUCCCUGGAGAGCUCUCUGAUCGACAUCAUGCGGGCCGAGCAGGAUCCGAUGAAAGGCCGUGUGGGAUGCCCUAACCCCGGGGCUGACGGCCUACUCAUGCUCAAUGCCAGGAGCUAUGGGAGACGUCGAGGCCGCUCCUCCCUCUUCCCUAUUGAUGACAAUCUCCUCGAUGAUGGCCACGGCAACCAGGGCGUCCCAGGAGUCCUCGGCUCCCCCAACUGUUACCCCCACCAAAACGGGGAACGCAUCGAGCGCUUCUCCCGCAAGGUGUUUGUGGGAGGUUUGCCCCCUGACAUAGAUGAAGAUGAAAUAACCUCAAGCUUCCGCCGCUUUGGUCACCUGGUGGUGGACUGGCCACACAAAGCAGAGAGCAAAUCCUACUUUCCACCUAAAGGAUAUGCAUUCCUGCUGUUCCAGGAAGAGAGCUCGGUGCAGGCUCUGAUUGAAGCCUGCAUGGAGGAGGACGGGAAGCUCUACCUGUGUGUCUCCAGCCCCACCAUCAAGGACAAACCUGUGCAAAUUCGACCUUGGAACUUGAGCGACAGUGACUUUGUGAUGGAUGGAUCUCAGCCCCUUGAUCCCCGCAAGACCAUCUUUGUGGGAGGUGUCCCUCGCCCCCUGAGAGCAAUUGAGCUGGCCAUGAUUAUGGAUCGUCUCUACGGUGGAGUGUGCUACGCCGGCAUUGACACCGAUCCGGAGCUCAAGUACCCCAAGGGGGCGGGGCGAGUGGCCUUCUCCAAUCAGCAGAGUUACAUUGCUGCCAUCAGUGCGAGAUUUGUCCAGCUGCAGCACGGAGACAUUGACAAGCGGGUGGAGGUGAAGCCGUACGUCCUGGAUGAUCAGCUCUGUGAUGAGUGUCAGGGUGCACGCUGCGGAGGGAAAUUUGCUCCCUUUUUCUGUGCUAAUGUCACCUGUCUGCAGUACUACUGCGAAUUCUGCUGGGCCAACAUCCACUCCCGCGCAGGACGAGAGUUUCACAAGCCGCUGGUCAAAGAGGGAGCCGACCGCCCGCGCCAGAUUCACUUCCGCUGGAACUAGAGAUGCGACCGCGGCCAUGGCGACAGUCAGAGGGAAGGGGAACGAAACACUGGCUAACAGGAAAAAGAGUAUCGCUCUGCCUCUCCUGCUUUCCUAAGCUAUCAGUAUAAUCGAGUACGUAACACUAUACAGUAUAUACUAUAUAUAUCUAUAUAUCUUUUGUAGCAGCCAAACACCACAAGCCUCAGUUUUUCACCAAAACCCCCCUCACAUCUCAGGCUGACAACUCUACAACUCUUUUGUGGUACUUUCAUCUUUUCUAAGAGGAGAUUUAAAAAAAGAGAUUGAUUUUUGUAGGUUUUUUUAUUAUUAUUAUUUUUGUAUGUGAGAUUUAAAGUAGAUAUGGGAAUGUUUUUUGCAUGGGGGCAGCUUGUCUGUCUGUCUGCUGCUAGCCACCCCAACAGUGCGUGUAGUGCACACUUGUUUCUGGGAAAACCUUGAUUCUCCAAUGUUGACACCGGCCCCAGGUCAUUAACCAAAGGUAGCAAAAAGAUAGGAAGCAUACAAAUUGACACAUUUUCUGACGCAAAACAAACGGUUGUUUUUAACGUUGCCAUGGGCUCUUACUUCCUGUUAGAGAGUUUAUUAAAAACAAAAAGACGAUAGGGUUAUUUCUGCGCUCACACUGACCCAUAGAGUGAUACCUCAAAAUACUAAAUCUGGUUUCUGCUAAACGUAUUCAACAUUUAUACUUAAACAAGCUAUUUUAGAAGCUUCGCUGCUAUAUAUACAUAUAUAUGAAUAGAUGUGUAGGUAUUAUAUUUAAUGCCAUUUAUAAACCAGAAUCAUGUAAAAUGAAAUGCAGUAUGCACUCAACCACUAUUGGCCCCCAUUGCCAUGGAAAGUGCAUGUUACGACAAUAGGCUUAGCUACACAACUAGCAUGCAGGAAAAACACUGAGAAAAAAACAAAAAACAAACCACUGAAAUCAUAAUUAAAGAAAAUAAAUUCUAUAGCGAGUAGCAUGAACAUCUAUUACAGAUGCUUACGAGGGAAAAAAAAAUCAGACAAAGCUAAAUAACUGAAAAAAAAAACAUAUUUAAACUUGCAUGCAUUGAUGUUUAUCUGUUGUUUGAUCUGUUUACAUACUUAACGAUACAAAAAGUGAUAUUGGUUCUACUGUAGACUUAGUGGACGCCAUCAUUUUGUGACACGGUGGCUUGUAUGGCAAAAAAAAAACUCCUGUUGAGAAGCAGAGUGGUGUUCAGUGGUUUGUGUUUGUGUCGUCCCUGUGCGUGCUGUGUGACUGUUUUUAGUCUAGACUGAGGCUCUAGUUUAGUUACCAACAGAUUCUGUAGAGGAGAAUUUAACCAUUGAAAUGACUCUGCCUUCACCCUUCCUAUCCCGCAUCUCUGUGUGGCUCCAAAGGUCAAUCCGAGACAGUGUCGCCCCGGCAGACCAAACAAAAGACUUGAUCAGUUUGGAAGACUUAAAGCUACAGUUGGUGACUUUUACAAAAAAUAACCUUUUGUCAUAGUUGCUGAAAGUGUCACUUUAUCCUAACAGUAGUACAUGAGACAGAUAAUCUGUAAAUGGCACUGCAAUGCAUGAAUCCACCGCAUCUGAACAAAAACAACCAAUAGGAGCUCGGAGGAUUCUCUGAAGCCCCUUUCCCACUGCACAAAACACCCACAAACAUCCACUAACAUCUGGCUCACAAUCUGCAUUCACUCCCGGGUCAAAUGACUCUGCAGUAGUCACAGGUUUUUAUUGGCUCUGGCUCUGAUCAGCAGUGAUGGAAGUACGACAUCCAGGUGGACGCGCUAAUUUUAGUUCCUUUGCUGGCGCGAUGCAGUGACAGGCCUCUGCAAAGAUCAUUCAUCUCCAUCCAAGUACACUCAAACAUUGAUACAAAUUUAGUUGGCUCUGAGUUUGAUUUCAGUUGCUUUCACUUUAAAAACAAAAGACGGACAGUGGACUUCUUCCAUUUACUCACCUUUGCCUUGUGCAUAUUUGUUGGUAAAGGAGUUUUUUCAUUGCUGGUGUUCUCAGCCAUCAUGGUUGCAAAUCUUCUCUUGAAGCCACACGCUGAAGAUAUUGAGCUUGACUGCGUGACAGCAUACAUGAGGAGGCGACAUUAGAUUUCCUAGGAUAGCAUCCACUGGUUUGUGGAGUCCCAUUUUGAAGCCUCAAGUUCAGCAUUUCAGCCGGCACCAUCUCGGUUAUUUGGGCAAAAGGCUGACCCUGUGGAGCAAGGGGUGGGUCUGACUGGGAAAGCGGCCCCGCCCUUAAUUAUGUGUACCUUUUAGCCUUAAUAACAUUUAAACCGAUGAGUCGUAUAGAAAUUCAAAUGAUUCUGUGCGUGUGCCCCAUUCCUCUGUCUUAUCAUGGGUGUGUCCCACCGCCACAUUUUCUUCACUGAUACUCGGUCAAAUGUCUCUAAAGGCUCUGACAGAUGCGAAAAAUGCAGAAAAAUCGAACAUGUUCUGAAAAUUUUAAUGGUGGAGGAAAGUUUCGGACUCAGAUUGCAAACAUGAUUGACGCCACAUGAAGUUGUAUUUAUUUUUAGACGUGCAAUAAAUUCAGACCAAAAAAAAACCAAUGGACUAAAUGUGCAAGUAGGGCCGGUCAUGCCUUCGUUAUCCAAGGAAACACUUAUUCGUACGGGGGAGGGGGCCAAGCAGUGAUUGAUAUGUGUUGGAGACUCCUCCUGGCUCUGAUUGGUUGUUUUCAGUCAGGCAUGGUGGAAUUUUGCCAGUGCCAUUAGGAUCACUAUGAGGACCUUUAGGAACAUGAUUUUAUCACAAAUGAUCUGUCUCAUGCACUCCUGUCAGGAUAUAGUUAACGUUUCGGCAACUAAAACAAAUCUUUAAGAAGUGACCUACUGUAGCUUUAACUGGGAAAAUGGACUCUCUUAAUGAGUCGUUGAAUCAGUCAGGCUUUCAUGCUGUUUGGCUGCAGCUCUGUGAAAAAGACAAAAGUAUCUCUGCAUCUCCUCGUCGAGCUUCUACGACAAGGAUGAUGACACUUGGUCUCUUGGCGUGCUUAAGAUGAAACUCUCCUCUCCUUGUUUGUGUUGUUUGAUUUCCACCCUUGAAUUACUCUAAAAAAAAUAUUUAGGGACAAUCUUUUCAUGAGGAUGGUGGCCCAGCCAUCCAUUUGGUACUGUACAAGUAUGUCGCUCUCGUGUCGUCGUGGUUUUUGUGUUCCACGCCCCGGUGUGUGCUCCUCAGUAUCGGUGUUCAGGCGUCAAGUGUGUACUGUUACAAAUCCGUAAUGGAACUCUACGUUUAUUUACUUAUAGUUGAGUCAGAUCAUUUAAUUUGUUUGUGUCAACUACUUACCCAUCACUGGCCCUUCAACAUGUUUUUAUAAUAUAUAUAUUAUGCACUACUUUUCUAUAUCCCCGCUUGUUUUAUUUCUUAUCCACCCCCUUACGUGAUUUCAGUGCUGAUUCUCUGAAACCUCCACCUAUUUAUAAUUCUACAGAUGAUUUAUUAAAUUUUUAUUUUUUCAUGAUUACUUAUUUAAGAUGUAGCGUGAAGCAGUGGUCUUAAGUUAUCUAUGUUCUGUAUGAGUAGAGCAGGAAUCCAAUAUUUUCUAAUAUAUUCUAAUGUAGUCUGGGUGUCGUGAGGACGGGGAGUCAGACCGGCAUUUGAUGGAGGUGAAAGUCUAAAGAGCGAGCUCCCGUCGUCUCACCGUGGCUUUAGUUCUCAUGAUGCGAACAUGUUUGAAUAUCGUCACCUGUAACACUUGACUCGUGCUGUUUUUGUGAGGUUCUAUUUUCUAUGUUGAACACUGUUACUUUGUUCUGUAUGUGUCUUUGUUUUUGUAAAAAUCAUAUUUAUUUCACUAUUUUUGUAGACAAAAAAAAAACUAUUUGAUUUUGAUUGUAUUUUUCUAUUUAAAUAGGACUAUUAUACAAUUUAUUUCUCCCCCUGUGCUAAUUACGUCCAAAAGUUCUGUUCAAAGACAAAGAAUCAUGUCAUUAGUAACAACAUCAAAGUUUUUUGAUAUACAGUUGAUUCUUAUUUUGAUACACAUGACACAUUUCAUUUGAAGGAAGGAAACAUGAAGGUUUUAUUAUAUUCUUGGAAGACACUUGAGAUUCUCCCCUGUUGCAUCGAGGCCCCAGCUGCCUGUCCUCGUAGAUGCUCUGAAACUUGAAUAUAACACAUUUUGAAAGGCUGACUAACCUCGAAUCUGUGUUGUGAUGUGCAAUACUGUUUCUAAUGUUUGUAUAAAAAGUAAGAACUACAGUGUAAACCUUUUUAAUGCAGAUUUAUUUUUUUCAUUGCAUAUUUUGCAGAUUUCUGAUCCACAGUGUCAUUUUUUACUGUCAGAAAAAAAAUAAACCCCGUUUUUUCAUUGCAACUAUUUUUAAAUCCAGAUAUCUUUGUACUGAUGUAAAUGAUUGUAGUUAUUUUGGAUAGUGUUUUGCUAACAAAAGGAGAGACUUUUUCAUGCAUAUUUCUAUUUCAUUUCAUCUUGUUUUAUCCCACGUUUUUAUUUCGUUUAAUAGUAGCAGAGUUCUUGGAAUAAUUUUUCAUAUUUAAAUGUCAUUGGUAUUAUUUUGUAUUUUUAUGUGGAAAUACACUAUAUAUAAAUUUAAGAUGCUAAUUGCUAAGAUAUUAUUUUGAGUUUAAUUAUUUUUAAAGCUAAAUAUUUGUAAUUUUAUUGUUAAAGUGACUAAUUUCUAAAUCAGAGUUUGUGUAUAGAUUCACAAAAGUGGUUUAUGAGGUGUUUGGAUUGUAAUUAUUACUGAAUGGUUCUUUGAUAUGCAAAAUGAAUAUCAUGUUUAUUUUUAUUUUUGUUGGUUUUGUAUUUAAAUGGGGUGUUGAUUACAAUCUUUUUUUUCUUUCACUUCCUGAAUAAAGACCCAUUCUGUUUGGACACAA